AUGGAUUUAGCUGACGAGAUGAUCUGGUCCUUGUCGGAAGUUGGGAGCCCUUCUCAGGUUCUUGAAUCGCUAGAGAUCGCCUCCGUCGAUGUCGAUGUCAGGGGACCAUCAAGCACAUGCGGAGGGACACCUGUCACCGCUGCUGAGCGGAGGCCGCUGCCGGCCAGCGACUGCAAAGCCGGUGAAAAAAGCCCCAGAUCCACUGCGCAUGACUUUGCUCCGCCCCCGGCUUUUGAACCCAUGGGAAUGAGCUUCUCAUCAAUGUCCUUUUAUGGCUUGCGCGAUGCUGUUUGCCACUCACUUGGCAAAAGUCAUCUUGAAGUAGCUUGCGUUGUGGACGCGUCCGCUAAGAAUAAAGUAGACACCUGUAAAGUAACGAGGGCUGAUAUGCCCCGCGGAGUGCAACAUCAUGACAGCUACUGGUGGGCUGCACUAGGCGAUGCGACUCUCGAGACGUACAUUGCAGGCGCUUACCGGAAUAUUGCAAGUUUCAUCAGCAAGGCCGACGUUCUUGAGAGGCUCAGGGAGGCUCGCCUUCCGGAAGCGAAUCAGCUCGUCCGCAACUUCGUCUACGGCCUAGUCGCUCUCGGUGCAUACUCCUACCAUGGUCAACGGCAGCAGCUCCGAGACGACGUCGCCACUAGUAGCAGGACCCAGAAGGAUGGUAGCUCCCCAGCCAGCUCCGAGAACAGCGACAUUGGCGCCGAUUGGGUUUCCUGGCGACUGCGUGCCGCUCUUGGUUCCUGUAGGGGUGUACAUGAUCUGCCAAGCAACAUAUUGAAACUUCAGAUGUCUUUGCUCGUAGCCUCCAUUGCACUCGAGUGCGAGAUGCCAUCUCUUGUGACCGAGCAUAUCACUAGCGCCGUCAUGCACAUUCGCGAACUGGGCCUGCUUCAUGGGGCCCCCGACGAUGUGUCUGGGCCGAUCUUGGGAUACACGUACAUGUUGGAUGUGUCGCACGCUCUUGACCGAGGAGUGCCUCCGACAAUCGACUGCGACUGGGUGGGUGUUCCAGGCCCAUCAAAGCACGUUUCGGACAAGAAUCUGGAGGGAAUACGUUGCCUGGCAGCCGUUAUGCACAAAACUAUCAAGAAACAGUUCAGUCCUCGGGCCAUUUCAGCGAUGACGGUCACCAGAGGCAACAGAGCGAAAAGGCACGGCAGCGUCAAGGAUCACCUGCGGCAGUGGACCAUACUUUUCCCCGAUCUCAAUCGCCGAACGAGGUCGGAGAAGUUAUAUAGUCUUCCCGACAGCGUGACACGGCUGGCCUACUGCAUGUAUCACCGUGCCGUGUUCCUUGUGCACUGCCCCUGGAUUGCUGCAGCAGCAGGGUCGAAUCCAACCAGCAGCGACAACGUCGUCACAUUGGCUAACGAUUGCUGCAUUCGCGCCUGCUUGGAAUCGGCCCGGCAAGUGAUUGAUGCUAUCCCGUUCUUUUUCUCCCCGUCGUCGGCGGGCACCAUGCUUGAAAGUCUGCUUCUUAUUUGCUAUUGCAAGAUAGACAAAGCGGUCCCUGAGGAACACAGGCGAAAGUGCAUUGCAUUGACCGGCCUAUGCCAGGGAUCGCUAGCGCGCAUUAGUCUUGAUAAAAGCGAGAUAGGCGACACCAGCGCCGCCCACCCAGUGCUCAAGCAUGCCCAGGUGAUAUUAUCACUAGGCAAUCCUUAG